UCAACGAUCCAAAACGGAGAUAGAUAUUUGUGGUCCCACUCUGGAACAACCACGGUCUGCACCGCGAGUCAAAAAUCUAGAAAAUCAAAGAAAUGUAAAACCUUGCUUAAAUUUCCAAUUUUACCCACCCCUGAAUACCUCCUAAACAGAAGCAGAGAGAAAGCGGAAAACGAAGACGCCCCAACAGAAAAAUCCGCUGAUAACAACAGCCCUCAGAAAUCUAAGCAAGUUAACUUCAACAAUAGCCAGGUCGCUAACCUGUUCUUUUCUCUCCUUAUUCACAACUCAGUCUCCUCUUUUAUCACCCUAAUUAGGUCAGAUCUCAACCUCCUUGAACUAGGUCUCUUCCCAAAUCCUCAUAUUCUCUCUCCAUAGGUAAGGAGUCUGUUUCUUCCAUGAAAAUUCCAUGUGGAAAUAAGUAAGUUCAUUGACCGUUUUUCCAUCUUUGCUUCAAACCCAAAGAAACAAGAAGCGAAGUAUAGAACAAAUUCGUUGGAUCGAAUCAAUGGGUACCCGAAAGGUUUUUCCGUUGGAUACCCAUUUGAAUUUGAUGGAUGAAGGGUCUGUUAAUCAGGUGAUUUACAGGAAGAUGGUGCUGUUCGUUGGUUCUUGUUGGAUUUUCAUCAGGACUUGUCUGUUCUGGGUUUUCGGAUUCUUAAACAGAUAUUCUUUCAGGUUUCGGAUUGAAAGUAGUUCUAAGAUGGAUGAUUCGAAUUGUGAUGUUCUUAACCUAAAAGAAGAUGAAAUUGGAGCGGAGAAGGAUUCCAGAUGUUCUGAUGGUGCAGCUGAAGUAAUCGAUUCAGCGGAAUCGGAGGAUGAUGGGUUUGGCGAGAAGAAGAGUUCUUUGAGUUUCAGUUUUAAGUUUCAGCUGCAGAGUCCAGAAGACAUCCGAAGAAGCAUCGAAGAAUCAGAUGUUCAUGGUUGGGAAGAAAAGAUAUCGACCCAAACGACAGAAAUGCAUCAAUAUCGUUUCCUAGGUAGUAAAGAUUUUGCCGGUUUCACCGAAGAACCGGAGAUCAUGAGUUUCAGUGUCAAGGAAUCAUAUAUUGAUUCCGAAGGCGAUUAUUCUUCCAGCACUAAAGAGGCACCUGAUAUCGAAUUCGAAGACGGGUUUUCGUUGGAUAAAGACUUCAAGCAUAUGAAUUCAGAAGCAGAAGCUCUUACUGAAGAACUACUCACAAAUUCCUGUGCGGCUGAUGUCUUCAAAAGAGAAGAGGAACCUGAAAAUUCAAAAGCCCUGCAUCCAACUCUCUAUUCAGAAAUUCAUACUUCAGGUGGAAGAGACAUGAUUGAUGAAGUUAGUUUAGUAUCAGAGAAAGGGUUGUCUGGUUGUGAUUCAGACCCAGAAUCCAUGAGUCUCAGCGAUGGUCUUUCUGUUAUGAAUCCAAUAACAGAUUCGGAUAGAAACGAAUUUCUAUCUGAGAUGGAUGUCGAGGGGUUCACGCACGAAACGGACUUACUGGAAUUCAUGCAAAUUUCAGCAGCAACCUGUUUGCGGAAUUCGUUUGCUUUGGAUAUGGAUUCUGAUGAUUUUAGCGACGUGUUUUCUCCCAUCAAUAGCCCAAUCGAUGUUUAUAAGCUGUAUCUUUCGGAUACAGAAUCAUUGGACUUCAGUGAUGUAUCUCGAAUAGAUGAUUCAGUUCUAUCCAGCGAACUUCUGUCCGAAAGAGAUUUCCCAGAAUCAGAACGUGGCUCAGAUGACUUCAACGGAGGAGAAACAGAAUCCAUGGAUGAAUUACAGGAAUCUGAACGAAACCAUUUAGCGAAUUCUCAGAUUCCUGAAGCAGGAACCUCUAGCAAGAAUCAAACCAGUGAUGCAAAUCAAUCUGACGGUUUUCAAUCAGAGAAGGAUUUUGGCGAGCCUAAACAUGAAUUGGAAGACUCAGAUGGAAACAAGGCAGAGCUCACCAAUGAUGCAGAUCAAUUGGGCGGGACCCAAUCGGAGAAUCUGUCGAAUUCAGACUACGACGACUCAGACGGAUUGGAAUAUCUAUGGGAACAUCAGGAUCUGAUGGAGCAGCUGAAGAUGGAACUGAAAAAUGUGCGGGCGACCGGGCUCCCGACGAUCAUGGAGGAAUUGGAGAGCCCCAGGGUGACAGAUGAUCUGAAGCCAUGGAAGAUGGAUGAGAAGUUCUUGCAGGAAGAUCCGAUGGACGAGCUGCAGAAAUUCUACAAGAGCUACAGAGAGAGGAUGAGAAAGUUCGACAUUUUGAAUUUUCAGAAGAUGUAUGCAAUAGGCUUUCUCCAACUCAAAGACCCCCUUCAAUCGAUCGCUAGCCGGAAAAGCUCCACUCCGACGCUUGCCUCCCUCCUCUCGCAAAAUCUCCGGCGACGCCGCCACCGGAAAUCUGACACCGAUCCCACGGCCAAGUUCAUCAAAGAACUCCAGAGCGACUUGGAGACAGUCUACGUGGGCCAAGCCUGCCUCUCAUGGGAGUUCCUCAACUGGCAGUAUGAAAAGUCACGUGACUUGCCAGAAUCUGACCCAUAUGGCUGCCGUCAGUACAACCAGGUCGCCGGAGAAUUCCAGCAGUUCCAGGUGCUGCUCCAAAGGUUCCUGGAGAACGAGCCUUUUCAAGGUCCCAGGGUCCAAAACUACGUUAAAAAUCGCUGCGUGCUCCGCAACCUUCUUCAGGUCCCAGCAAUCAAAGAGGAUUGCUCGAAGCUAAAGAAAGAAGAGAGGAGAAGAGGCAACGGAGUGAUUACGAGCGAAAUGCUGACGAUUAUGAUGGAAGAAUCGAUGAGGAUUUUCUGGGAAUUCAUAAAGGCAGACAAGGACGAAGCUAAUGUGAUCUUGAAGGGAUUUUCAAGCACUCAGACAGAGCUCCAAGACCCUACUGAUUCACAGCUCUUGGCGGAAAUCCAAACGGACCUCCAAAAGAGGGAUAAGAAGUUGAAAGACAUUAUUAGAACAGGCAAUUGCCUUGUGAAGAUGUUCCAGAAGCAUCGAGAGGCAGACGGAUCGGAUCUAGCGGUUUUCUUCUCACAAGUCGACUUGAAAUUGGUGUCGAGGGUACUGAAAAUGUCGCGAUUAACGACUGAUCAAUUAGUAUGGUGUCACAAUAAAUUGAACAAAAUCACAUUCCAUGACAGGAAACUUCUCAGAGAGACCUCAUUUUUGCCCUUCCCAUAUUGAGAUUUUUACAAUUUUGCCAUAUGUUCUUCACAUGUAUGUCCAUUAUUACCUUAGGAAAGAAAAUAAUUGCAUGGAAAUAUGGUUAUUUAUGUUGCUUCCAUUUCUUUAA